AUGAAGUUCUUGCACCUAGUCAUGGCGCUCAUUGCGUCGGCCACCUGCGUACAGGCGGCACCACAGCCGAAAACUAAAAAUGGCUCCUACGAGUCUGAUAACGGACGACAGGUGAAAGGCAAACAUCCAGAGCCCAAAAACCUCCUCCCCAACGCCGGUUUCGAAGAACAUGAACAAGGAGCCCCGUAUGAGAUAUUUAGGGAGGGUGUCAAGAUUUCGAGUGACCCUGCUCUCGCUCGCACUGGCAACCGCUCAGCCCUCUUCGAAUUGAAGUCCCGCCAAGACCGUCCCACGCUUAGAUUAGACCAUUUUACUGAACUCAAAGCCUCGACGCCAUAUAUGUUGAGAGGCUAUUUCCGCGUGGUUCAAGGCGACAGCAUCACCGAAGACGACUAUUGCCAGAUCUACGGCCUCCUUCACAGCGCCGGCGCGACCCAUCAUAUCAUGGCAGGUGCAUCAGUCGAGCACAACGAGUACCGGGAGUUUUUCCUGCCUUUAUAUAACUUUCCUGGCGGCGAGCGUUUCGAGUUGAUGGUUGGCUGCGAGCGCGGCUUGGGCAAGGGCUCGAGUGUUGCUAUUUCUAUCGAUGAUAUCAGCCUCAAGGAGGGCACAGGUGGCUGGGUCAAGGGCGCCAAGCAUAAGACCUAUCUUCCACCUGUGGAUUUACAUUGGGGAGGUGGUCUAUUUGAGAACCCCAAGACUAAGUGGCUGGGUCCACCACAAGAUACUCCGGGUUGGGGUUCGAGUGGUUUUUAA